UUCUUUAUGUGGAAAGCAGCAGACCCCAGACACCAUUUCAAUCAAGGUUGAAGAGGAUAUUGGUGGAGGCAUGCCCGCUGUAGAAGACGGCAUUGACAUCAGAGACUGCAGCACGCAGCGCGGCGCCACCUCGGAGAGUCUGCGUGUGGACGCCCCUGGCUCCUCCCACAUGUCAAGUCACAGCGGGGAGCUGCGGAUCCUGGGCGUCUACGGACAAGGGGAGGGCCCACUGGCGGUGGACGGCCAUGACACCCUCUUUGCCGCGUCAGAACUGGAGGUCUUGAGCUCUCUGUCCGCUGACCACAGCGUGGCCAAGAGCCUGAACUGCAGCGUGAGGCUCGUCCGCCUUGAGGAGCAGACUGGGCAUCAGGGCGGCCGCAAGGGCCGGCCCGGUGUCUUGGGUGGCAAGGUUAUUCCCAACAAUGCCAAUAUGAUCCACACCCACGAGGAGCCGUACGUGUGCGACCAAUGCAUGAUGUGCUUCAGUCGAAAAGGCUACCUGAAGGUACACAUGAGGACUCACUCCGGGGAGAAGCCGUUCAGGUGUGACCAAUGCACAAAGCGCUUCAGUCAGAGCGGGUCCCUGAAGGUCCACAUGAGGACUCACUCCGGGGAGAAGCCGUACAAGUGUGACCACUGCAUCAAGUGCUUCAGUCAGAACGGGGCGCUGAAGGUCCACAUGAGGACUCACUCCGGGGAGAAGCCCUACAAGUGUGACCAAUGCCCGAUGAGCUUCAGUCUGAAAAGCCACAUGAAGGGCCACAUGAGGACCCACUCCGGGGAAAAUCCCUAUAAGUGUGAACAAUGCACGAUGCGAUUCAGAAAGGAAAGCUCCCUGAAGAUCCACAUGUGGACUCACGCUGGGGAGAAGCCCUACAGGUGUGACCUAUGCACGAUGCGCUUCAGAAAGAAAAGCUACCUGAUGAUCCACAUGAUGACUCACUCCGGGGAGAAGCCCUACAAGUGUGACCAAUGCACGAAGCGCUACACUCAUAUUUCCGCCCUGAAGACACACAUGAGGACUCACACCGGGGAGACGCCCUUCAAGUGUGACCAAUGUACGAAGCGCUUCAGUCUGAAAGGCACCCUGAACAGACACAUAGCGACUCACUCCGGGGAGAAGCCCUACAAGUGUGACCAAUGCACGAAGCGCUUCGGAGAGAAAUCCAAGCUGAAGCGUCACAUGAGGACUCACUCCGGUGAGAAGUCGUACGGGUGCGACCAAUACAUGAAGAGCUCAGUGGAGGAGCAAGAACAUUUUCAGUGGGAUGGCCAGGAAGUCUGCGAUGCCUUUGGAGACAGUAGCACGCAGCGCAGCGCCACCUCGGAGAGUCUGGGUGUGGACGCCCCUGGCUCCUCCCACCUGGCCAGUCACAGGGAGGAGCUGAAGAUUGUGAUCGUCCACGAAGUAGGGGACGGUCAACUGGCGGUGGACGGCCAUGACACCCUCUUCACCGCGUCAGAAGUGGAGGCCCUGAACUCGCUGUCUGCGGACCACAGCGCGGCCAAGAGCCUGGAGCGCGGCGAGCGGCUGGUCUGCCACGAGGAGCUGAGUGUGCAGCAGACCCCAGACACCAUUUCAAUCAAGGUUGAAGAGGAUAUUGGUGGAGACUGGCCCGCUGGAGACGGCAAUGACAUCAGAGACUGCAGCACGCAGCGCGGCGCCACCUCGGAGAGUCUGCGUGUGGACGCCCCUGGCUCCUCCCACAUGUCAAGUCACAGGGGGGAGCUGCGCAUCCUGAGCAUCUACGGACAAGAGGAGGGCCCACUGGCGGUGGACGGCCAUGACACCCUCUUUGCCGCGUCAGAACUGGAGGCCUUGAGCUCUCUGUCCGCUGACCACAGCGUGGCCAAGAGCCUGAACUGCAGCGUGAGGCUCGUCCGCCUUGAGGAGCUGACUGGGCAUCAGGGCGGCCGCAAGGGCCGGCCCGGUGUCUUGGGUGGCAAGGUUAUUCCCAACAAUGCCAAUAUGAUCGUCAACAUGAGUACCAACACCAAUGAGAAGCCGCACAGGUGCGCCCAAUGCAUGAUGCUCUUCCAAUGGAAAAGCGACCUGAAGAUCCACAUGAGGACUCACACUGGUGAGAAGCCCUACAAGUGUGACCAAUGCACGAAGCGCUUCAGUCGGACAGGCACCCUGAAGAUCCACAUGAGGACUCACUCAGGGGAGAAGCCCUACAGGUGUGGCCAAUGCACGAAGCGCUUCAGUCAGAGCUCUGCGCUGAAGACCCACAUGAGGACUCACACAAGCGAGAAGCCGUACAGGUGUGACCAAUGCACGAUGCGCUUCAGUCGUGUCUCCACCCUGAAGAUCCACAUGAGGACUCACUCCGGCGAGAAGCCCUACAGGUGUGACCAAUGCAGGAUGCGCUUCAGUCAUGGCUCCGCCCUGAAGAUUCACGUGAGGACUCACUCUGGUUAGAAGUGCACAUGCUCAUGCACACGGACAAUGGGGUGCUUUAACAUGGGGUACAAGAUGCUUUGACACCUCUAUCCUGUAUUUGUUGAACAUUUCUGACUAAACACUUUCCAACUUUUGAUUCGCUUUGUUUUUAUUGUUAAUAAUUUAAAGGCAAUAAACAUGUAUUGCAGUGUUAA